AUGGCCUCUUCCUCUUUGACUCCGGUGAUGAAAGAAGAUGGAGUGUGUAGAAACUGGGCGGAGCUUCCGUCUGACUUAACGUCAUUGAUACUGCGCAAGCUUGACCCGAUUGACAUAUUGGAGAACGCUCAGAAAGUGUGUACUUCAUGGUAUCGCAUCUGUAAAGACCCUGCCAUGUGGCGGAAGAUAGACAUUUUUAACUUUGUAGAUAAGGGGUACAACCUUGAGAUCCUGUGCCGUCAUGCAGUGGAUCGUAGCCAGGGAGGCUUGGUUGAGGUUGACAUUUCGUGUUUCGGUACUGAUUCUCUCCUCAACUACAUCGCCGAUAGUUCAAGUAACCUGAGAAGGCUCGAACUUACAUUAAUCUCCCCGAUGACAAUUGAGGGACUUACAGAAGCAGUAGGGAAGCUUCCAUUGCUUGAAGAACUCGAGGUUUUUGAAGCAACAAUGUGGGGAGAUUAUCUGAAAGUUGUAGGCCAGUCUUGUCCUAAACUGAAGAUAUUGAAGUUAAACUGCUUUAGAAGUGGACUCUGGCCUCCUUUGCACGUGAGUGAUGAUGAUGCUCUAGCUAUCGCUGAAACAAUGCAUGGACUUCUCGACCUCCACCUUUUUGGAAACAGUUUGACAGACGCUGGUUUAAAAGCCAUUCUUGAUAAUUGUCCUGAUCUGGAACAUCUUGAUCUCGGUCGUUGUUUCAAUGUUCACUUUUCCGGAGAUCUGGAGAAGCGUUGUUCUGAGAGGAUCAAAGUGUUGAUACGGCCUAACGAUGGCGUUAUCGAUAUUGAUCUAUCUAUAUUCGAGGACAAGGACCCCGACAUGCUAGAUAUUGAUUAUUACCAGGAUCAAAGUGUUGAUACGGCCUAA